AUGGGGAGCAGCAGCGUCGACGGAGCCGGCGAGAUGUGCUUGGAAGCUGGCGCCGGCAGGGCGGGGAGGCGCGGCGGGAAAAAGGCCGCGGAGAUGAAGGCCGCCAAGCAGCCGCAGCGCGGGCUCGGCGUCGCGCAGCUGGAGAAGAUCCGGAUGCAGAACCAGAUGAUCGCCGCGUACCGCUCCGGCCUGCCGCCGCCGCCGCCGCCGCCGCCGCAGCAGCAGCAGGUGCCGUACGCCGCUGUCCCGACGGCCGGCGCCGCAUCGUCUUUCCAGCCGUACCUAGCUGGUUGCUUUGAGGCGAUGGACCGGAGGAUAGCCGACGUGCAGUACAGCCAGUACUACGCGGAGAACCUGCUGCCUAACAGCUCCAGCCGGGCGCCGGCGACGUCGCCGCUCUUCGUCGUCCAUGACUCGUCGUCGUCGGGCCAGAGGCAGCAGCCGCCUCACGAGUACGACUACUGGAUGCGCCACAGCCACGAGUCCAGCGGCCGCGGCGGCGCAGGAAGCACGGAAGAGCUAGAUCUGGAGCUGAGGCUGUAG